AUGAGCAUGACCAUCCCCGACUCUGUGACUGCAACUGGCAAAAGUGCCUUAAAAGGUUGCAACUCGUUGAGAAGCAUGACCAUCCCAGAUUCCGGCACUGAGAUUAGACCGAUUUCCUUUGAAGACUUUGGCUCUUUGACCGGCGUCACCAUACUCCAAUCCGUAACUAACAUUGGAGGAGGUGCCUUCCAAGGUUGCAGCUCCUUGGCAAGCGUGACCAUCCCCAACUCCGUAGCUGAGAUCGUGCAAAGCGUGUUUCAGGGUUGCAGGUCCCUUAAGCGUGACCAUUGCGAGUUCUGCGGCUAA